CUGCACGUAAACCUUGCAAUAUGGAGCCUCCUCGGAGAGUGCAGUGGGUCUGGCAGCCUGUUUGUUUUUAAAAAAAUAAAUUAAAACAGAAAACCCCCGUAAGAGCGCUGUAACACAGCUGGUAAAAUGUGCUGGGGUUAACCUGCGCGGCUUCUGCCUCGACGUCUCACACCAUGUUUGCAGAGGCCAAUCUGUCAGUCUGGGGAUGGGGGGGCCUGGGAAUCCUGCUUUUCCUCAUCACGUUCGGACCCUUUGCCAUAUUUUAUUUGGCGUUUUAUAUCUUCUGUUUUCUUGGCGGGGGCUUCGCUGUCACGCUUUUAUUUGGAAAGACAAAUUCCGAAAAACACCUAGAGAAAUGUGAGCACUCCUACCUGCCCCCCACCCCAACAGGCAUAGCCAAGACUUUAGAGGAGCUGAAGCAGGAGACGAAGCCCAUCAAAAUCGACCGGCGUCUGACGGGAUCCAACUUCAUCGAUGAGCCUCUGCAACAGGUGAUUCAGUUUGCUCUGAGGGACUACAUCCAGUACUGGUAUUACACGCUGAGCGAGGACGAGUCCUUCCUGCUGGAGAUCAGACAGACGGUGCAGAACGCUCUGGUGCAGUUCUCCACGCGGUCCAAAGAGGUGGACUGGCAGCCUUAUUUCACCACCAGACUGGUGGACGACUUCGCCACUCAUCUCCGUGUUUUCAGAAAGGCCCAGGAGAGGCUGAACGAGAGGGAGGACCCCAAACAACGUGAAGCUCCAGAGGAGCUGCUGGAUGCGUUUUUUGAGACGGAGGUGGAGAUGGAGAGGAAGAUCUGCAGAGAUGUAGUGUGCACCUCCCAUGGAGAUGAAGAAGGGUUCCUGCGGGAUCUGUGUGAGGUGCUGCUGUAUCUCUUACUACCUCCUGGAGAUUUCCACAACAAGAACAUGAGAUACUUCCUCAGGGAAAUCUUGGCGAGAGGAGUUCUGCUGCCGUUGAUUAACCAACUAAGUGAUCCCGAUUAUAUCAAUCAGUUCAUCAUCUGGAUGAUCCGAGACUCCAGCUGCAACUACGAAGCCUUCAUGAACAUCCUGAAGCUGACUGACAAGACGGCCGAACUGGAGGCUGUCAAAGACAAAGUACUGGAGGAGCUCCAGUACCUGCGCUCGCUGGAUACCGCGGGAGAUGAUAUCAACACUAUAAAGAAUCAAAUUAACAGUUUACUGUUUGUGAAGAAAGUCUGCGAAACGAGAAUACAGAGGCUGCAGUCGGGAAAGGACGUCGAUGCUAUGAAACUUGCAGCGAAUUUUGGGAAGUUGUGCAUCAUCCCGCUGGAUCAUAUCCUCGUGCACAACAUAGCGCUCCAGUUUUUUAUGGACUACAUGCAGCAGAUGGGGGGUCAGGCGGAUCUGUUCUUCUGGCUGACGGUGGAGGGAUACCGGGUCACAGCUCAGCAGCAGCUCGAGGUUUUGCAGAGCUGGAAGAAGGACGGCAGGAAGCAGACCGGCCAGACUAAGGACCUAUUAAAGGCCGCUGCGCUCGGUGUCUACGAGCAGUACCUCUCGGAGAAGGCGUCUCCCAGAGUGCAGGUGGAUCGGGCCUGUGUGGACAGACUGGCUGAGAAACUCAACAAAGAGGAUCCGACUCCGGAGAUUUUUGAUGACAUCCAGAGAAAGGUGUAUGAUAUGAUGUUGAAGGACGAACGGUUCUACCCUUCGUUUAAGCAGCACCCUCUGUACGUGCGCAUGCUGGCCGAGUUGGACAUGCUGAAGGAGCCGAGCUACCGGGGAUCAGACGACGGAGACGCAGAGUCUUUUAAUGGAUCUCCAACCGGAAGCAUUAAUUUGUCUUUGGAUGACCUCACGAACGCCACCACAGACGAGUCGGUGCAGCUACAUGCUUUUAUUUCUGAUACGGGCGUGUGUAAUGACCACGGGAAGACCUACGCACUCUACGCCAUCACUGUCUUCCGUAAGAAUCCAGACGGCAGUGAGGACACCUGGAAGACCUACCGCCGCUACAGCGACUUCCACGACUUCCACAUGCGCAUCACGGAGCAGUUUGAGAAUCUCAGCUCGAUAUUAAAACUUCCUGGGAAGAAAACGUUCAACAACAUGGACAGGGACUUUCUUGAGAGAAGGAAAAAGGACCUGAACGCUUAUCUGCAGCUGCUUCUGAAUCCAGAGCUAGUGAAGGCCUGCCCCAUGCUGAUAGGUCACGUCCAUGACUUCUUGGAAAACAAGGCAUACAGCAAAGGCAAGGGCGACUUUGCACGAAAGAUGGACACCUUUGUGAACCCUCUGCGUAGCUCCAUGAGAAACGUAUCCAAUGCUGUGAAGUCACUUCCUGACAGCCUCGCUGAAGGAAUGACCAAAGUGACGGACAACGUGGGGCGCAUGGGCGAGAGACUGGGCCAGGACCUCAGACAGUCCAUAUUCAAGGUGCCGCCCUUAAUUCCGAAGUCGGACAUCGACCCUGAGCACUGCCGAGUGUCUGCACAGCUGGAUGACAAUGUCGACGAUAAUAUCCCACUGCGCGUGAUGCUGCUGCUGAUGGACGAGGUGUUUGACCUGAAGGAGAGGAAUCAGUGGCUCCGCAGGAACAUCAAGAACCUUCUACAGCAGCUCAUUAGAGCCACAUACGGAGACACCAUCAACAGGAAAAUCGUGGAUCAUGUAGACUUCAUGACGUCUCCAGAACAAGUAGCCGACUACGUCAAGAGGUUUAGAGAUUCCUACUGGCCGAACGGAAUCCUAGCAGAGACGCCACCGUGCCGAGACAAGAGCAUCCGCAUGAGAACCAGAGUAGCAGCUAAGACUAACCUCCUGGGCAUCAUGCCAGACGAACUCAAGCACAUCAUCGGGGCGGAAACCACGCGCAAGGGCAUCCUCCGGGUCUUUGAAAUGUUCCAGCACCAGCAGCUGAACCGCCGCCUGGUCUAUGUCUUCCUGGAGGGGUUUCUCGAAACCAUGUUCCCUCAGUACAAGUUCCCCGAGCUGUUCGUCAAGCUGCACUCACGCUCGCCACGCAUCCGCACUUAUUCGCAGAAAGUCCGCACCUUACAGAAGAGGUGACGCAGCGGCUCAGCAGCAGGAAGCGCACCGCUCACAGAGGAGGAAGGACCGGCCCACGGUGAGGCUGGAGAAAGACACAGGGCUGGGGGUGGGUGUGUGUGUGUGUGUGUGUGUGUGUGUGUGUGUGUGUGUGUGUGUGUGUGUGUGUGAGAGAGUAUGAGGGUGUGUGUAUAUGUUUGUGUGUGUGUGUGCGUUGUGGAUCACACACCCCAGCCCUCUCAGUCCUUCCUGUUCUUAAGAGAAGCACUGUAUCCACACGGCUGUAGCAUAGAGGAUUCAUUUUAGCAUUGUGGAGCGUCACCACUAAGAUGCUGCAGUGCCUGACCUGUAACGUCAGCAUUUCAGUAUUUGUAUCUCAUUUUGUCUUUUUUUUAUUAUUAUUAUUGUUGUUGUUAUUAAUAUUAUUAUUAUUAUUAUUAUUAUUAUUAUUAUUAUUAUUUUGGGAGGAAGUUGCAAUGUGGGAUAAUUCCCUGUGGAUAAACUUGUUUGAGUUUGCAAAGGUGCGUCGAAGUAAAGACUAAAACGAUUUUAAACGAUGUAAUGGACAACGCGAGGAGGGAAAACUGACACAAACGUGGCUCGUACUGAGCUGCUUUUUUUUUUUUAAUCACGAGCAUAUCUGAGGUAAAGAUUGUUUUUAGGGCUGGAAGGCGGGUUUUAAUCGCACCAUACGUCACGUUUUAGCGAGUGAAAUCAUGUCCGAACCACGCGAGUGAUUUCAUAACCAAGUAUACAUGCAGCACUGACGCUCAGGCCGUCUGAUGGAAGAGCGUUAAAAUAACUGUCACAAGACCUGCUCAUUUCACAUUUCUGACAAACGAAACGAAAAAGGAGAAGUUUUGGCGCCCUGCAGGACUCCACCUCUACAGCACUAUAUGUUAAAGAAUGUAUCUGUCUCUUGGCAAACCUGUCUAUACUCGUCCUUCAUGGAUUUUUUUUUUUUUUUUUUUCUUUCCCCACACGGCACAUACAGGAUGUGUACAUGUUUUGAACACUAGUAGACUCGUAAAGACCCGUGUGUAGCAUUUAAAGUCGGAGUCAGAAGCGUGUGCCGGUACCAGUUAGGAAAAUCAGCCUUAAUUCUCUACAACCAAGAGAGACGUGUGCUUAGACGUAGCUUUCAUUAAGCACAUCCACACAUUUUCAGAGACACGGUAAAGAUACCUACUCGGACCUAAUCACACUUUUAUUUAGAGAUUGUCAUUAAUCUUUUGUGAGAUAUAUAUAUAUAUAUAUAUAUAUAUAUAUAUAUAUAUAUAUAUAUAUAUAUAUAUAUAUAUAUAUAUAUAUAUAUAUAUAUAUAUAUAUAUAUAUAUUUCUUUUCUUUGCAUGUGUUCAAAUAAUGGUAUAAAAAUGUUCAGGUUUGAGAUAAUGAAAUAAUCCAAAAAUAUCCCAGAAAAAAAAAAACCCCCAUCAGAAUACAUUCCGUCGUUGUAAAUGACUCUGCUUACGUUAAAGACUUGUUUUAUAAGUCUGCGUUUGUUUUCUUUCGUGUUCCGGCAACCGUCGUGCUACCCAGACGAUGGUCCGUGCAUGGCUUAUUCGCUCCCGGAGACGAAACGUUCUAUUAUACCAGCGCAGGUCUGUACUGAUUAGUACAGGGGGUUAUUGGGUCAAAUCCGAUGAAUAUUUGACUGUAUACCGGAUCUCGAUCAUCGGUGUAACAAGUCGUGCUUCUCCUCUGGGCUUUACAGCAUGCAGGAUGGGGUGGCUUUGUAACCCACGAUCACAUGAUCAUCGUGUAUGGAUCAGCACAGUGAACCUGACUAGAGGUUCGUUCAAAAUUUUUUUAACUAAAUAGCACUUAAAUCGUACAGAUGAGGGUUCCUGGGUGCUUUUCUUAUUUUUUUUUUUUUUUCUUUUUUUUUUUCUUUUUCCCCCAACCACCAAGUCGUGUUUUUUUUUUUUUUUUUUCUUUCUAUUUUAUUUAAUUUUUUUAUAUCAUUUCCUGAUUACUGUAAAAACUCACCAUUUAAUGAUCCGCAGCCUUCUGCGAUCGGUUCAACUGAUGCUACACGGCACCGUUUUAAUGAGUUAACACACUCCGCUUUCACCUAGAACCCAUGUAAAAGGUUCUCCGUGAUGCAGGACAGCUCGUUUCUGUCGUUUCUUUUGUGUUCGUCAAAUCCCCAUAUAUAUGAAUCUAUAAUUAUUACCUUGUACAUAUCGGUGUACAGUAUGUGUCAACAGUGUGCCUAAAUGUACUGUCGAUUAUAUUUUCUUAUUUUUCUUUAACAAACAAACAAACAAAAACAAAAAAAGAAGUGAAGCUGAAUGUCAUGGUCACUUGACUGAAACAACAAAAAAAAGACUCUAAAAUGGUUUCGAGUGUUUGCAUCCUGCUUCUAAGAUACUCCUUUCGAGCAGCAGAACUCCGUAUAACACUAAUAAAACUUUGACUAACUCA